AUGAUCAAACGAUUGUCAAUCCUAGCGACGGCGUUCGCCAUCCUCACCGGAACAGCUAUGUUUCUGGGACAGGAAAACGGCGGGAAAGACAGUACGAGCUUCACUGUCCCUGAAGCCGCAGAGGACUGGAAACUUUCCCAAGACCAACAGGGUCGACAGUUGAGAUUGAUUCGCAUUCGGGCGAUCCCCUUCUGGAGGUCACCUCCCGCCCCCACUCCUCCUGCCCCCACUCCCCCUGCCCCCGUUCCCUCGCCAGUUGCUCCCCCACCGCCUGUGCCUGUACCGGUAACUCCCCAAACUGGGGCUGCGGGAGCCGAUACUUUUCGAGUGAAACUCUACUGGGAGACAGGCUACUACUGGCAAUUCGAAUCCUACGAACGAAAAUGGUGCUGGAAAUGUAUGAACGGAUGCACUGCAGGUUCGUCGGUUGAAAUCGUUAAUUGCGACAAUCCUUCGGGCGACGGUGGAAAUCCAAGUUAUUUCCGAUUCAUUCAAGGUAGUGGCGCCGUGAUGAUUCAAGAAAUUACGAGCCAGCUCUGUAUUCAACGUACCGGUAAUUUAGCGAUUUCCCUGGAGCCCUGCAAUAGUGGAUUAUCACGACAAUUGUGGACAGCUGGACAAAACGGACAAUUUGCGUGGGGUAAAAAGUUCGAGAUUACUCCUACGGAUUUGCCAACCCAGUGCAUUACACAACGUCAUCACCCCCAAAUGUGGGAAACGGUAGCAAUUGAACCAACGGAUCUAGCCCGUCAUUCGGAUACAUCCUAUUGGAAUAUGUACUAA